GAGCACUAGGUGGACUAGCGGAAACAAAAACUGAACAUAUAGGCAUAAAACUCAGUGAAGCACAUGGAAAUUCAAGCUUGAAGGCAAUUCUCUCAAAAACAAGAAAAUGAAAAUGAAAAAGUGUGAGCUUUGCAAUUUUGUGGCAAAGAUUUAUUGUGAAUCUGAUCAAGCCAUCUUGUGCUGGGACUGUGACUCCCGAGUACAUGGUGCCAAUUUUCUGGUUGCGAAGCAUUUAAGAGCUCUUCUUUGCCACCUCUGUCAAUCUCCUACGCCCUGGAAUGGCUCUGGACCAAAGCUUGGUCCAACUGUCUCCGUUUGUGACAAUUGUGUCAAUAGAAAUGCUUGUAGACAGGAGAUAAACAAUGAAGAAACACGCGAUGAAGACGAUGAAGAUGUUGGUAAUGAUGAUGAUCUUGAUGGUGAAGAUGACAGUGGUGAAGAUGAUGAUGGUGAUAGUGGUGGUCAUGAAGAAAAUCAAGUGGUUCCAUCGUCAUCUACGACACCAGUUUCCAGUUCUGCAACAAGUGAAGAAUGUUCCACCAGGUUUGGCAGCACCCAAGAAGGUGCUUCUCAAUCAAGAACAGUACAUGUAUUGAAGCGCAUGCGUGAGACUGCAGAGCCUGCUUGUCGAGAGCAUUCAGGCUACUCAUUUUCUCGACAACAUCAGAACAAGAAUUUGUCGAAUGAAUCAGCUUCUUUAGAUGCCUUUAGGUCAUUUAAAGACCAGAAAGUAACAGUGAGAGACUCUCUCAGGGAAUAA